AUGGCAGCCUUCUCCAGAGGACGCACAGUCGUCAACUCCCUCAGGGUAUUCUGGGUAUUGGUGAUUCUUUGGUAUGAGGUUUGGACAUGGGACGCGAGUGUUAGAAGUUGCAAAUGGCCGGACUCGGCUCUACUUGCGGACAAUCUAGGUGUAGAAGCUUCGCAUUCUAAGCCCACCCAUGUUCUUCUUGUGGCUGACCCUCAAAUCAUUGAUCGACACUCUUAUCCAAGUCGCGGCCUCGUCCUUUCAUACAUCACACAAUUUCUUGUUGACCUAAACCUUCGAAAGAACUGGAGGACUGCUCUGUACAAGAAACCUGAUGUGGUGGUGUUUCUCGGUGAUAUGAUGGACAGUGGUCGGUUCGUAAUGACGGAUGAAGAGUAUAGCGAGUAUUUCAGUCGCUUCAACAAAAUAUUCACCCUGAACGUAGAUAUCCCCGUGUAUUUCAUUCCAGGAAACCACGAUGUUGGCCUUGGGGCGAAAAUUACUCAGUUCUCUGAUGUGGCUCGGGCUCGAUACAUCGAACAUUUCGGGCAACCUAACCAAGAGAUUUCUGUGGCAAAUCAUACUCUUGUACUUUUUGACGCUCCUAGCUAUGCUGACGAGGAUUCCCAACGCCAUGGUCAAAAGAAAUCAUUCGAAAGAUGGGAUCCUGUUCCUUACGGAGCCCUCGACUUUAUGAAGAAAUUUCCAUCCCGGCCACAUCCAGACCCAGUAAUCCUGUUAUCGCAUAUACCCUUGUUCAGAUCGGAUGGAAGGUCAUGCGGUCCGCUACGCGAGAAGGGUACAAUAAGGCCAGGCGUUGGGCUUGGUUAUCAGAACACUCUGGAGAAGCAAUCAUCUCUGCGACUUCUAGAAUUUUUGACCCCGACAGUGGUGUACAGCGGAGAUGACCACGAUUACUGCGAAUACACCCAUGUUUAUCAACAUGGUGGCGUAGAGAAGAUGGUCAGAGAAGUUACGGUUAAAUCUCUGUCCAUGGUCAUGAACGUUCGCCGACCUGGUUUCCAACUCUUAUCUUUGAUGCCCACAAACAUCAGAGCGAGCGACAAACCCACCUACGCCGACGCACCCUGUCUACUUCCAGACCAACUUGGGAUAUACCUGGUUGUUUAUAUUCCCCUUCUAGCAAUAUCCCUUGUUAUUGUCCUUGCAUCAAAUAUGGGGCAGCAGGCACCUAGACGGUAUAGACAGUCAUUCUCAAACGACGACGUUGAGGCAGAAGGCAGACGGGACACAUAUCCUCCAACAUCUUCUGGUCAGGGACCCUCCCCUGGCUGGUUUGUGAUACAAGACCAUCGUCGUCAACAGAAUACUAGUAUCUCAAAUAACUGGCCUGGAAAACUGAAGGACUUGCUGGGAUUGCUUUAUUCAGGGAAUUCUCGAUUUGCGUCAUAUCGUCGGACCUGGCCUGGCAUCGUCAUAGCUGAUGUUAGAGAUAUUGCUAUCUUUCCUCUACUAACCUUCGUGCUGACUACUUGGUGGGUGACCUCCCACUGA